GGGGAGCGUUUUAGCGCAUAACACCGGAUCUGACGUUACUGCAUUUUUUUGCUCGGAAGUGCCACGGCGAUCUAGCAGAUAUAAUAUGGUUUAGCUUAAGGACUGUAUAAGGUUAGGUCAUCGCUUCUGGGAAGACGGGGACAAUGGAGCAAACAUUGCCAAAUUUAAUUCGCUUUUAUUUCUUACUUGGGUUUAGACAUUCGGAGAUAUUAAUGUCAUUGAGUAAUUUGGAUGGUAUUAUCAUUAGUAUGUCAACACUGCGCAGGUAUCUAAAGUGCUUAGGACUGUUCAGGAGAAAAGCACAUUCUGACCUUCUCGAAGUAGCUCUCUUUCUCCAGGAGCAGCUAAACCAACAUGGAAUGCUUCAUGGAUACAAAGUCAUGCAUUUGAAAUGCAUCCAAGCUGGCUUAGUGAUAUCUCAGAGAACUAUCCGGCACCUGCUGAAAAUUCUGGAUCCUCGCGGAGUUAACCUGAGGCGCAGAAAUCGUCUAAGACGACGUCUUUACAGAAACCCAGGUCCCAACUUCUUGUGGCACCUAGAUUCCUAUGAUAAACUCAAACCAUAUGGAAUAUGUAUUAAUGGGUCAAUUGAUGGGUUUUCACGCAUGAUCAUAUGGCUCCAUGCUUACACCACAAACAGCAAUCCAAAAGUUAUUGCUGGUUACUUCCUUGAUGAAGUGCAAAAUAGGAAUGGCACUGCUACAAGAAUCAGGGCAGACCUGGGAACUGAAAACUGUUUAGUGAAACAGAUGCAGUUAUUUUUAAGAGGUAACCAUGACGACGUGUUUUCAGAGAGAUGCUUCAUUACUGGCUCAAGUAAUCAUAACCAGAGGAUUGAACAGUGGUGGGGAUUUUUAAGAAGACAACAUACACAGUACUGGAUCAAUGUCUUCCAAGACUUGAAGGACAUGGAUUACUUCUCAGGGGAUUUCCUUGACAAAAAUCUAAUACAGUUUACAUGUCUGGAAAUAAUUGAGAGGGAGCUGCAUGAAGUUGCUUGUCUGUGGAACUGCCACAGAAUUCGCCCCAGCAGGAAUGCAGUUUCUCCAAGUGGACGACCACUAAUGAUGUACACCCUUCCACGCCUCUUUGGCACUACAGACUAUCUCAAGACUGUAUCCUAUCAACAAGUACAUGCUUGUAAAGAGGAAUGCCUGCCAAGAGGGCCACAUCCAUGUGAUGAGACUGUUUUUGACAUUUGUUGCCUAGUAAUGUCAGAAAACUAUCUAAACCCACCCACUACUCCAGAAGAAGCAAUUGAACUUUAUCUUUUUUUACGAGCCUACAUGCAUAUUCUUUUAGAGCUUUAACAGUAAGUGCCCAAAGGCUCACCCAUGGGUACCAAAGGCUGCCUGUCCAGUCUUAUCCCACAAAGUCAAUGCAGCACAAAAUCACUGAAACAGGUCAAUGCUGGCCACGAAUCCUGUGUGCUGGCACUGGAUCCAUUGGGCUGUUGGGUAGUUUGUUUUAUAAUAACUAAAUAUAUAUAUAUUAACUGAAAUACUGGUUCCUCACGCAACAGUAGAUUUACACAAACUGCAAAAAAGACUUAUUAUCUAACAGUUUAUUUAACCAACACUGUGAUACUAAAACGUCAGAACAUUACAUUUAGCACAUUUUACAGCAACCACUACAAUAUUUGCCUUAGAUUUGGCUGAAUUAUUUUACGUUUAAAAAAAUCCAUGGCACUUUUGCCUAGAAAAAAGAACACAAAGUUAACACUUGAGUAACAAUGACCUCUCCAAGAACAAUAUAUAUAAACAUUAGUAUCAAACAUUUUUCUUGCUCAUAAAUCUUAAUAAAAAUGGAUGUAUAAGCAUAAACAGAAAAAAAAUGUCAUUGGUUUAUUGAUCCCACUUUGCACUGCUGGUUCCUUUUUAAGUGUUAAUGUGAUGCUAGGCAUCUGAAAUUCACAUUGCCAUCCACUAACUAUGUAGAUUACCACAACCAAAAAAACUUUGUCUGUGGGGAAUUCUGAACAAAUGCAUCUGAUUUGUUGAUGCUGCAGCAUCACUAAGAAAAAACUAUGAUAACAGAACAAGUGGACAACAUUUAAUUGACAAAUAAAUCCUUGU